AUGAAGUCGCAGGCAGUAAGUGUUGAACCAUCUGAAAGUGCAAGUGAUGCAGAGAUUGAAGAAGCUGAUGUGCAGCUUAAGCAGAGCCCUACAGUAUUGCAACUCAAUUCGCAAACUAUGUGUGUUCCUCAUAGUGAAGGUUGUGCAUACAAGAACUUGAUUCUUAAUCAGAAUAUUUCUGCUCGUAAAGAAUUGUAUUCUGUUCAUAAAUCUAAUGCAAACAUCGAAAUUGGUUUUCAAGAAAUCGAGAUAAAUAAGCAUGUGCCAACUGCUAAAAUUACUGAGAACUGUACACACGAUGCGAAUAAACUACAGAGUGAUGAAAAAACUGUUUCAGAUCUUCCUGUAAUUGAAAAGCCUGAAAGGACUAUAUCUUCAGAUUCAUGUGGGGGAAAACUUUCAGCAGAUAAAGAUGCUACAGAGGAGUUUACUGAUGAAUUUUCUGUGUUAGUGGCAGAAGAAAAUCUUAGCCCAGAACAGGAUUUUAAUAUGGACGAAACUGGACUUUUUUGGCGAUUUCUGCCAAGAAAGACAUAUGUGACAAGCGAAGAAAGUGCACCGUCAGGAGUGAAAGAUGCUAAAGAAAGAGUUACCAUUUUAGUAUGCAGCAAUGCAGCUGGAACUUACAAAUGUAAACCAGUGUUAGUGGGUAAGAGCACUAAUCUCAGAGCUCUGAAAGGAGUAAAAUCCUUACCUGUGAUUUACAGGAGUAAUAAAAAUUCCUGGUUCACAAAACAACUUAUGACUGAAUAA